AUGCUCAACCUCUCCUCCCGCACCGCGCAUGCCUGGCGGUCGCUUCAGCGGCUGGCCGCGGGCAUGGCCACCGUCGCUGAUACCAAGGUCCCCAUGUCGCUCCUCGAGCCCAACGCGUAUAUCAACUAUCAGCGUAUUGAGAACAACCUCGCUGUUGUGCGCGACAGGCUCAAGCGACCACUGACGCUCUCGGAGAAGAUCGUGUACGGACAUCUCGACGACCCUCAUGGCCAGGAUAUCGUCCGCGGUCAGAGCUACCUCAAGCUUCGCCCCGACCGAGUAGCAUGCCAGGAUGCGACGGCUCAGAUGGCUAUUCUCCAAUUCAUGUCGGCAGGUAUGGCCACUGCCGCAGUCCCGACCACUGUCCACUGUGACCACUUGAUUGAGGCCCAAAUUGGUGGCCCGAAGGAUCUGGCGCGUGCCGUGAACACGAACAAGGAGGUAUACGAUUUUUUGGCUACGGCUACUGCUAAGUAUGGUCUUGGAUUCUGGAAGCCAGGCUCUGGUAUCAUCCACCAAAUCAUCCUUGAAAACUACGCUUUCCCCGGUGGUCUCAUGAUUGGCACUGAUUCGCACACUCCCAACGCUGGUGGUCUUGGAAUGGUCGCGUGCGGUGUCGGUGGUGCAGACGCAGUUGAUGUCAUGGCAGACAUUCCCUGGGAGCUCAAGUGUCCUAAGGUUAUCGGUGUCAACCUCACAGGCAAGAUUAGUGGCUGGACGUCGGCCAAGGAUGUCAUCCUGAAGGUUGCUGGUAUUUUGACCGUCAAGGGUGGAACAGGUGCCAUCGUCGAAUAUAAGGGUCCUGGUGUUGAAUCCCUCUCCUGCACGGGUAUGGCUACUAUUUGCAACAUGGGUGCUGAAAUCGGUGCAACGACCUCUCUCUUCCCCUUCAACCACCGUAUGGUUGACUACCUUCAGGCGACGAAGCGUGGGGACAUUGCCAAGUACGCACAGAGCUUCGCUCACAACCUUCAGGCUGACAAGGAUGCCGAAUACGACCAACACAUCGAGAUUAACCUGUCUGAGCUCGAGCCUCACAUCAACGGUCCUUUCACUCCGGACUUGGCCACUCCACUUUCCAAGUUCAAGGAUGAGGUUGUCAAGAACGGCUGGCCCACCGAGCUCAAAGUCGCUUUGAUCGGUUCAUGCACGAACUCUUCGUAUGAGGACAUGUCUCGCUCCGCUUCCAUCGCUCGCGAGGCUGCUGCCCACGGUCUCCAGACGAAGAGCAAGUUCACCGUUACACCCGGAUCGGAGCAGGUUCGUGCUACUAUUGAGCGUGAUGGUCAAAUCUCUGCCUUUGAGGAUGUUGGCGGUCUGAUUUUGGCCAAUGCUUGCGGUCCUUGCAUUGGUCAAUGGGAUAGGCGCGACGUGAAGAAAGGCGAGGUUAACUCUAUCAUCACUUCUUACAACCGUAACUUCACUGGUCGUAACGACGCAAACCCUGCAACCCAUGCCUUCGUCGCCUCCCCUGACAUUGUCACCGCCAUGGCAUUCGCUGGCGACCUCCGCUUUAACCCCCUCACCGAUACGUUGACUGGUGCCGACGGCAAGCCGUUCCAGUUCUCCGACCCUUCCGGCAACGAACUCCCCCCCAAGGGCUACGACCCUGGCCAGAACACUUUCCAGGCUCCCCCUGAGGAUCGCGUCUCCGUCCAAGUGGCAGUUGACCCCAAGAGUGACCGUCUCCAACUGUUGAAGCCGUUUGCUCCCUGGGAUGGCAAGACCCCGGCUGACCUCCCCAUUCUCAUCAAGGUGAAGGGCAAGUGCACCACGGAUCACAUCUCUGCUGGUGGCCCCUGGUUGAAGUACCGUGGACAUCUCCAGAAUAUCUCACAAAAUUGCUUGAUUGGUGCGAUCAACGCCGAGAAUGGUGAGGCGAACAGUGUCAAGAACCAGGUUACUGGCGAGUACGGCGCUGUUCCACAGACCGCUGCGUACUACCGUGACAACGGCAUCAAAUGGGUCGUUAUCGGUGAUCACAACUACGGUGAAGGUUCCUCUCGUGAACAUGCUGCCCUUGAACCCCGUUUCCUCGGUGGUCUCGCUGUCAUCACCCGAUCAUUCGCGCGUAUCCACGAGACGAACUUGAAGAAGCAGGGUAUGCUCGCUCUCACAUUCGCCAACCCCGACGACUACGACAAGAUCAGCCCAAGCGAUAAGAUCGACAUUCUUGGCCUUGAGUCGUUUGCACCUGGAAAGAAUUUGACGCUCGUCGCGAAGCACGAAGAUGGCUCGAAGGAUGAAAUUUCUCUGGCACACAGUUUCAAUGAGGGUCAGAUUGAGUGGUUCAAAGCCGGCUCUGCUCUUAACCUCAUGGCGGCGAAGGCGAAAAACCAGUAG